CCACCACCCCGCAGCGGUGCGGGGGGUCUGGGGGGCGAAGUUCCCUAGUCACAGCUAUGACAGAUUUCCUAACCUAACGCGCCGUCCACUUUGUUGGCUCACAUCUCGCUACUUGGUGCAGAACGACAAUUUUGUCAGACGAAAAAGUUGUUUCUCGUGCAAAAACAUUGAGGAAGAUUGAAGAUUUUCAAAAAAUCUAAGGUGAAGGCGUUAUACUGCAUAUUUACCAAAGUUAGCUGUCAAGAAUUACAAGAUUUUUACCAUUAGUUGUACGUAUUAGCUGUUACGAAGAAGUUGUCAAUAUUAAAGAAACUAUUAACUUGAGAAAUUGAAACAUGAUAUGAUACCCAUUUUCCUGGAAACAGAUUAGAGUUGUAUCAAAUCAAGAAUUCAUAUACUGAAAACAAUACAAAAAGUGCAUAGAGAUUAAAAAAAAAAGUAAAAAUUUAUAUUAUACAUAUAUAUAUAAUUAUUAUUAUGUAGACAAUAUUAUGUAAUUAAACAAUAUUAGCUUUUAAGUGUUGAUGUUCCUACAUAAACGUUAUUCAUUGUUUUGUUUUUCGCAUUAAAAUCAAUUUAUCAUCAUCAUCAAUUGAAGAAUAAAACCUGCAAGGUGAAAAAAAUAAGCGAGAUAAAGAUGGAAAAUAGAAAGAACAUACCAUUAGUUCCUGAGAUGUGAGAAUCUCUGCUGACACACACAGAUAAAGCUGCGAGUGACAGUCCGUCUGCAUAUUAUGUCAAAAAGUUAAUCUAUAUAAAAGGAAAUCGUCAGAGGAUGUUAUCCUUUAUUAUAUGUUUGCUGCCUCUAGCAGCAAGCGUGCCUAUAGAGCCGCCUUCAAAGAAUUAUUUCUUGGACAUCGACAAUGAUACCCUAAGAAACGUUCGCUUCGUCGGAGAGCCUAGUCUUCAGCUGAAUCUAUCGAGUAUGAAUCUCCAUACAUUGCAGAAGAACGCAUUUGACUACGUAGACGAUAUAGAAUCGCUCGACCUUUCCAACAAUUCACUGACUUCACUGCCUGAAUUCGUGUUCUCCAACCUAACGAAGCUGAAGAACCUGUGGCUGUCGAACAAUCAAAUAUCGAAUAUACGCACGCUAUUCGUUGGCUUGGAGAACCUACAGCUGUUGGACAUCUCUCAUAAUCAUAUCAGACACCUCAGAAGAGGUUACCUGUUCGGCCUGCCCAAGUCUACCAGAAUCCUCACCGAUGGAAAUAUCUUCUGGAGCAUCAGUACGGACGUGUUUGCCAAUUUUUUUCUUAAGCAUGCGGAAGCAACGAGCCAGGUGACAUCCGCCGACGAAGAAGAAAAAGAGGAAAUUGACAACAUAGUUCUUGAGGAACAAAAAAACCUCGAAACCUUGAGCAAAGACACUCGAGUAAAACUUUGCAAAUCCGAUGGUAUCGUAACGUCAUUGGAAAUCCUCCAAAAGGAUGAGAAACUCGCAGAAGGGUGUGCCCAAGUGCCACUCGACGCGGACAAGAAGGAAGUGAUGCUUCAGGAACAGAACAUCACAGCCUUUCAGGAAGGCUGGUACCAGCUGCAGUCUCUGCCGAUCGCCUCGUUAGAUUUGUCAAAUAACGAAAUCGCUGAGAUCAGGGAGGCGACGUUAAACGAUUUACCAGCAGGUCUGACGGAUGUGAACUUCUUGGGGAACAAAAUUCACAGGAUCUGGAGCGAGGUGAUCGAGAACGAGCAUCUAAAGAGUCUCAACUUCAAAGACAACCUGAUCGAGGAAAUCGAAGACAACGCAUUCGGAAAGACAAAGUUGCACGGACUGUAUCUCGUUGACAAUCAGCUGGAAAGUCUAAACUUCGUCUCCACGUUGCCGAAGACUUUAACGGACCUUGUUCUGAACGGAAACCGUAUAAUAUCCGUUCCAGAUGGUGUAUUUACCAAGUUGUCCCGCCUGAUCUAUCUAUAUCUUGAAGACAACAAGAUCGAAACGUUGCGGAAUAAUACUUUCCAGGGUCUAAUGUCCUUGCAUAAGCUAAUGUUAAUGAGGAACCGCGUGACGACAAUUGAACCAGCCGCCUUCAAAAGUCUGACAGCAUUGAGGGUACUCGAUCUAUCUCACAACUCCGUAAACAAUUUGCAUAAUGGCACUUUCGCGGAGUUGACAGCUCUGAAGGAGUUGAAUCUCGCUUGGAACAAAAUCACCGAGGCUUCGUUCGCCAAUCUUCCGAGUACUCUGAACUUCCUGUACCUCAAUGACAACGAGAUCGAAAGGCUUGAGGAAGGUAGCUUUGUUCGCACUCCUAGGCUAUCUUUGUCCUUGACCGGAAACAGAAUAUCUAGUAUAGCACGCAGUGCCUUCGACCUGCCCACUCUCAGGGACUUAUACUUGAAUAACAACAAUUUGACGACCAUCGACGGUGACAGCUAUGAAGGUUUGGGACAUCUAAGGCGCCUUUGGCUCUCGGAAAAUGAUAUCACUGAGAUCCGCAAAGGCUCCUGUAAGAAUCUCGGCAGUCUUUACAUUUUGGAUAUAUCAAGGAAUCCUUUUCACAAAUUGGAGAACGGUGCUCUGUAUGGCCUCAAUACUACUCCUAUGGAAAGUAGCUUGUACAUCUAUGAAAACAAUUUGAAGGAAAUGCAAGCCGGCCUCUUCGAAGACGUUUGAUCGCCUUAAAAAAUUCGUUCUUUGAUACAUUAUAUACAAUACGCUUCUGCAACAGAUAAAGAAUUGUUUAAUAUACACACAUAUAUAUUUAGUAUUUUAUAUUUAUCGUCUUCACAUAUAUUAUAUACAUAUUUUUCUUUUAUAUUACAAAUUUAUAUAACAUUUAAUUUAACAUUUAAUUUAAAUUAUAAGUACAAAAAGAGAGUUAAAUAAAAAUUAAAUUAAGUUAAAUUAUAUAAUUUAUAUUAAUUUAAAUAAUUCCCAGAUAGCACAAAAUCUUCAGAAAAUGUUCUAGAAUGUUUUUAGGAUGUAUAAAUGUUCUUAAAACGUCUUUAGAAUGUCUUUUGAAGAUUUGUACUGUAUGGGUUAAAUUAUGAAUUAUUCAAAUUAUUUUAACUUAAUUAAUUUAAUUUAAUUUAACUGUAAGUAUAUAAAAUAAAUAUACAAAGUGGAAUGUAAUUUGUGGUAUCAUCGAGUAAAGGAUUUUUCGUAUAGAAAUAAAAAAUGGAAGAUAUAAAAACA